AUGCCAGCAUCAGUGAUUUCAAGCAGAAACAUUCUCCUUGGUGUUCUUGCAACUGCUUCACAUGUGGAUAACUCAGUUUACAUAGGCUUGAACAAGUAUACUGAAUCUGUGAACAAUAAAUUUAAUAUGCGGUUUGACUAUGAAGACUCUCCAGAAAGAAGGUUUACGGGCAUGAUUACUAGAGUAGAAGACUCUCUCAUCAAUGGGAAUGCUCUCAGAAAGCCUGUUGAUAGUCACAAACUGAGAAAGUUUGAUGCCCUGACCGUUGAGACAUUUGGAGCACACAUAGCGAAGCUUAUUCGGGAGAAGUAUUUGCAGAUUUGUGAGAUGGUUGAUGAUGAAAAAGUUUACAUCGCAAGCAUGGUUAUCGAUGAAGAUGCUCCAUUGGAGGAUGAUGUGGUACGGAGCUUGAGAACCAGCCCUAUACAUUCCGGAAAUAAGGACCGCACUUCCAUUGAUGACUUUGAGAUUAUAAAACCGAUUAGUCGUGAGGAUGCAAUUGUAUUAUAA